GGAAAAUCAGGUAAUAACAUUUCUAGGGUUUGUAAUCAGCGCAUAUAAAUUGUUAAAAGUUAAAACGAAGCUCCAGGGGGUGUUGGGCGUGCUCUUCUUCGUAACUUGAAGUAGCAAAAUCCUCAGCCAAGAAUGCCUAAGCAAAUCCACGAGAUCAAGGAUUUCCUUCUCACCGCAAGAAGGAAGGACGCACGCUCUGUGAAAAUCAAGAGGAGCAAAGAUGUAGUCAAGUUCAAGGUUCGCUGCUCCAAGUACCUCUACACACUUUGUGUGUUUGACUCAGAGAAGGCCGACAAGUUGAAGCAGUCUCUUCCCCCAGGUUUGAGCGUUCAAGACCUGUGAAUAUAGGCUUUACCAAGAAGUUUGUUCAUCAUGUACUAGGAUAUGAGAACUAGAUGUUACAUUUCAUGGUGUUUUGCCAUGGUCAAAUGACUGUGUCACGGCUAUGCGCAUGGUGUGUUUUUUUAAUUUUAUUUUAGGAGAAAGCUGGUGAUUCUGGCAGUUGAUUCAUGGAAAUUUAAACUUGAUUUACAGUAUGCAGAUUUUAUCCUUUUAAAAUUUGUUUAAAUAGCCUUGCUGAUUAUAGCCCAAAUUAGGGAAAAAUUAUGACUGCAAAUGAACUGAGCUGUUCACAA